AUAUAUAUAUAUAUAUACAUCUUCUUAACUAUCACAAAUUUCAUCUGGAACCGUUAUACGUGUCCUUUAAACGUUUAAUUUAACGGAAUUUAUUUUAAUUUUUUUUUAAUUAAAACAGGAUAAUAAUAAUAAAAAAUAAUUUAAUCUAUGCAAGUUUAUAUUUAUAUGUGUAUGUGUAUAUGACCAAUUUAAACGUCAAGUGUUAUUUCAUCAAGUAACCUAAAAAAAUGUCGAACAACGACCAACAAAAUCUUACAUUUUUUGAGAAUUUAAAACAAUUUUUGAUAGACGAGGAUGCAGAUAGUGUUAUGUAUUUAUUUACACUUCACAAUGAUAUCAUUGAAAAUUAUGCUUGGGAUAUUGUACCCAUUGUAUCUAAAUAUUUAACCACUUCUAAUGCUGUUAUUAAAAAGAAAUUCUUUAAAAGUUGCGAAUAUAUACUUAAUAAAAUAGCAGAAACAUGUAAUCCAUAUGAGACUAUAUUGCAAUUUUUAGAACAAAUUGAAUUAUUAGACGAUGAUAUGAAAUUUUUUACGCUGUUGAAACCAGUUGGAAUUAGUUUUAAUAAAGCUAAUGAUAAGUCUAAAAUCAUUGAAUGGUGCGUUAGUACAAUACAAUCAUAUGUGCAAGAUUUACCUAUACCAAUUCACAACAAUUCAGAAUCAAACAAAAAUAAGAGUAACGACAAAAAAUAUUCAAUUCAGGAUAGAAUUAUCAACGUAUAUUUCCAUGUUGUUUCAUUUAUACAUUCAAUAGUCAGAGAAUCUAAUCAAAUAAGAAUUGCUCAUCAAGAUAUUGUAUUUAAGAAUUAUAUCACAGCUUUCUUAAUUUCUUUAUUAGGAAGUCCGUUUAGUUAUUUACGUGAAGAUUUAAAAGGGGGAAAUCAAGUAGAAUUUUUACGUAAUGAAAUAUUAAUGCUUGUAUUUAAACUUAAUGAAGAUCCAUUGUAUUUUUUAAAAUUCAUGAAAGAUCGUUUGGUAAAAAAUAUAGAAACAUUAAAAAAUGAUUCAGAGGAAAUAACACCAAGUGUAAAUAAACAACUAGGAAAAUUGGAAGUCUUGGAAUCAGAAGAAAUUGUACCAACUUUUGCAUACGCUAAUUUUUAUUUCUAUGUCUUAACACAGGAAAUUUUGUGGGUAAAACUUCCACAAGUUUAUCAUCCAUAUUAUAUCUUUCAAGCUUGCAUAUUUCUUGUCGGUCACCUAAUUGAUAAACAUCAUAUUGAUUUAAUAAAUAAAGGUUUUACAUUUAUAGAAGUUCUUUUAAAACGUUUAGAGAAAAUGUCUAUUGGUCCAAGUGCAUUAGAAUUAGAAAUUUAUACUAACUUAUUGGAGAAAAUUGUUAAAGUAAUGGUAUAUUGUGAAAGCCAUAAUGAAAGGAAAAGAGCAUCAUCAAUUUUUGAAAAAUAUAUUUUAAAUACAUUUAAUAUGGAAGCAAGAUAUUCCAUAAUUACACAUUUGUAUUAUAGAUCGCACCAUUCUGGUGUUCUUGGCUUGGUAACUGGUUUAGUUAAAACAUCUAUCAUUCAAAGUUUAGAAACAACGCCUAGAUGUAUAUAUUUUUUUGGAAACAAUUUGAAAUCUUUAUUAAAACAUGCUUGUAACUUGGCUCAUGGUAGUACAACUGAUUUGAUAGAGAUAUCAGAUGAAAUAAUAGCUGGAUUAAAUCUCUUAAGAUUUUUAUUUAUCAGAGAUCGAUCCAAUGAAACUGGUAUUUGGGACUUGAUACAUACGCUUGAAAAUAAUUUCUUGAAACCUUUAAGACAAGGGAUAGAUCUAAGCAAAGCGCAUUGGAGAACUAAAAUAAAAGAUUUAGAAGAAGCUAAAAGUAAUAGAUCGCAUAGUUCUUGUGAAACAGAAGCAGCUAAGGUGAUAUUAACUGUUGGUAACCAAAACUUACCAGCCAUGCCAAUCGAACAGAAAUUAGAAAUAUCACAUCAAAUUUUAUGCGGUCUUGAUGUAAUGGAAAGUCUUUUAAUUAGAGUUGAUGAGUGUAUUGUAAACAAUCCUAUAUAAAGUAUCUUAUAAGCUAUAAUAAUUUUUAUAUGUAUGUGUUAUUAUAUAAGAAUAUAAAAUAAUGUUAACAUUUAA